AUGGAACAGCGACUGGCUCUCCUCGCGGCCGAUUUUGCGGCGCUCUACCGCGAGGUGAUGAAGCGUCACCUGUUGACGCCGCACGGCCUGACUGUUGACGCAUUUCAGGCCGUGUUUGACCAGACUCACACAGAGUACCUGCACUAUGCCGGCUCCAGCCCCACGCGCCCCUACCACCGCGACGUUGUGGAGAGCGUGCUGCAGUUAGCGGCUGCGUACCUGUCGCUCCCGCCUGAGGCAAGCCCACAUGGCCGUGUGUUCGGCAUGUGUCUUGUCUUUUUUCUCUACGCGACGCAGCCGGCCAUAGAGACUGAGCCGGUGAAGGUGCGUGUGCCCCUGGGAACCCUGCAAAAUUACGUGGAGGAUGCAGCGCCGCAGCAGAGCGUCACCGCAACACCAAGAACCGUCUCCUCAACGCAGCUGCGCCGGCGUGUGACGGAUGUGGAGCGGCGGAUGCUGCUCGCCCUUCACCAGGCCGGUGCGUGGCACGUUGUACCCUUCGACGACGUGUCGGUCUACGUGCGCACGCUGCUGCAGGUGCACGAGGCAGAGGGUGUGCCGCUCGUGACCAGCACCACUGUGGGGCAUCAGCAACAGCCGGCGAAGAACGCUCUUGGGAAUGACGCUACGCUAUCGCAGAAACUCGAGGCGUAUGACUCACUGAAGCAGCGGCUUGGUCUUGGCACGGCGUUGAGUUGGCGAUAA